UGCUCUCAGUCUCGGUCUACUGAGGGGGUAGAAAGACGCGUUACCAAGUGACGGGAGCACUCCGCUUUCUCUGAAUGAAACGCUCUGAGUGGGAAUCCGGAUCCCCUCCUCUCUCAGCUAAAGGUUCGCUCCAGGAUCCGUCCGUCCGUCCGUCCGUCCGUCCGGCAGCGGGUCAGGCAGCAGAGGAGCUGAAACGGGGGGAAAGUGAUGGAAAAGUUGCGCUGAUCCUGCGUCCGACCCGCUGGAUGAGAGACAAGAGACCGAGAGGGAGGGAAGACGGGAAAGUUUCCGAGCCCAGAGUGACAGAUCCACAACUGGACUCAAAUAAUGUGACUGUGGACGGCAGAGUGCUCUACUUGGGUUUGGAUUUAUAAACUUCCACUGCGGAUUUACAAGCUUGUUUUCUUCAGUUUCUGCGCAGAAGGAGAAGUGAAUGACUUGAGAUCGCGCGGCUGAUCAGCGACGGGAUGAAUUCAAAGAAAGGAUAAGAAACUAGUUGUUUGAUUUUUAUUUUGUAUUUUGAUUUUUUCACUGGGGCUGAACUUCGUGAACAGAACAUGCGCUGAAAGUGCUUCUGUGUUUUCUAGGUUUUGUACGUUUUUAUAAAAGAGAAACUAAAGCAGCCCCGUUUUGCAUUUGGAUUCAGAGACUCCUUGUCAUGAAGGAGCGGACGCCUAACCUGCUUUAUUGAAUCAUUCGGAUUACAUCGGAGCAUUUCUAACAGGAGACGCGCUGAAUGAUGUCUCCAACUUCAAUCGGAUUUGUAUUUUUUUUAGCUUUUCUCCAUGUGAGCUCAGGAUCUCGGCUGCGCCAAGAGGACACCCCACCUAGGAUUGUAGAGCACCCUUCUGAUCUGAUCGUAUCCAAAGGGGAGCCUGCCACGCUCAACUGCAAGGCAGAGGGGCGGCCAGCUCCAACGGUGGAGUGGUACAAAGAUGGUGAACGGGUGGAAACGGACAGGGACAAUCCCCGCUCCCAACGCAUGCUGCUGCCCAGUGGCUCCCUUUUCUUCCUGCGCAUCGUCCACGGACGACGGAGCAAACCGGACGAAGGUUCCUACGUGUGCGUUGCCCGCAACUACCUGGGAGAGGCAGUGAGCCACAAUGCCUCGCUGGAAGUAGCAAUUCUACGAGACGACUUCAGGCAAAACCCUGCAGAUGUGAUUGUUGCAGCUGGAGAGCCGGCCGUCCUGGAGUGCCAGCCUCCACGCGGUCACCCUGAACCCACCAUAUCAUGGAAAAAAGACGGAGUCAAUAUUGAUGACAGAGAUGAGAGGAUCACUAUACGUGGAGGCAAGCUGAUGAUCACGAAUGCCCGCAAGAGUGAUGCUGGGAAGUAUGUAUGCGUCGGCACAAAUAUGGUCGGAGAGCGUGAAAGUGAAAUAGCUGAACUGACGGUUCUGGAGCGUCCCAGCUUUGUGCGUCGCCCGAGCAGCACUGUGGUCUUAGUGGACCAAAGUGUGGAAUUUAAGUGUGAGGCUCGUGGUGAUCCAGUUCCCACUGUACGCUGGAGGAAAGACGACGGCGACCUCCCUAAAGGACGAUACGAGAUCCGUGAGGACCACACCCUGAAGAUCCGCCGCGUGAUCUCCGCUGACGUAGGUUCCUACACGUGUGUGGCAGAGAACAUGGUGGGGAAGGCGGAGGCCUCAGCCACGCUCACCGUCCACGUGCCCCCAGCGUUUGUGGUGAGACCGAGGAAUCAGGUGGUUGGAGUUGGCAGGACGGUGACAUUCCAGUGCGAGGCCACUGGGAACCCACAGCCGGCCAUUUUCUGGCAGAGGGAAGGCAGUCAGAACCUCUUGUUCUCCUACCAACCACCUCAACCCUCCAGCCGGUUCUCUGUAUCUCAGACCGGGGAUCUGACCAUCACAGACGCAGAGCGCUCUGACAUGGGAUACUACAGCUGCCAGGCUCUGAACAUCGCUGGCAGUGUCAUCACCAAGGCCCUGCUUGAGGUUACUGAUGUUGUGUCAGACCGCCCGCCACCAGUUAUACGACAGGGGCCCACCAAUCAAACGGUGGCUGUGGACGGAACCGUGGUCCUGAGCUGUGUGACAUCUGGUAACCCUACACCCACCAUCCUGUGGAGGAAGGACGGCGUUUUAGUGUCCACACAUGACUCCAGAGUCAAACAGCUGGACACGGGGGCACUACAAAUACGAUACGCAAAGCUUGGUGACACCGGUACCUACACCUGCAUCGCCUCCACUCCCAGUGGAGAGGCUUCAUGGAAAGCCUAUUUGGAAGUUCAAGAAUUUGGAUCCCCCGUCCAGCCAAACAGACCGACUGACCCAAACCUGAUCCCCAGCGCUCCGUCAAAACCCGAAGUCACAGACGUUUCCCGGACCUCCAUCACCUUAUCCUGGAAACCCAACCUCAAUUCUGGAGCCACACCCACUUCCUACAUCAUAGAGGCCUUCAGCCAUGCAUCUGGCAGCAGCUGGCAGACCUUGGCAGAGCAUGUGAAAACUGAGUCGUUUGUGCUAAAGGGCCUGAAGCCCAGCGCAGUCUACCUCUUCCUAGUGCGAGCGGCCAAUGCCUACGGACUCAGUGAUCCCAGUUCCAUCUCGGACGCAGUGAAAACGCAAGACAUCCCUCCCACCAGCCAGGGCGUGGACCAUCGACAGAUCCAAAGAGAACUUGCAGAUGUGGUCAUCCACCUUCACAACCCCACCAUCCUCUCGUCGUCCUCCGUCAGGGUGCAGUGGACGGUGGAGCAGCAGUCUCAGUACGUCCAGGGCUACAAGGUGAUGUACAGGCCAGAGGGCCAGCAGAGGAGCGAAUGGGCCGUGUUUGAGGUCCGGACCCCCGGAGAGGACAGCGCUGUCGUGACACAGCUGCGGAAGGGCGUCACGUACGAAUUCAAAGUCCGCCCCUUCUUCAACGAGUUCCAGGGAACAGACAGCGACGUUAAAGUUGGCAAGACCCUGGACGAAGCCCCCAGCGCGCCCCCUCGCAAGGUAACUGUGACGGAGAGCGGGAGCAACGGGACUGCUGUUGUCGUAUCCUGGCAACCCCCUCCGGAAGAGGAGCAGAACGGGGUGGUGCAGGAGUACAAGAUCUGGUGUUUGGGGAAUGAGAGCAAGUAUCACAUCAACCGGACGGUUGACGGGUCAACGCUUUCCGUGGUCAUCCCCAGUCUGACCCCUGGGAUCCGCUACAGCGUCGAGGUCGCAGCCAGCACCAGCGCCGGUCCCGGGGUCAAGAGUGAAAGCACUUUCUUUCAGUUUGAUUCCUCUGGGCGGAUGACCGAGACUGUGAACCAGGAGAACCCGCUCUCCCAGCAGAUCUCUGAUGUGGUCAAGCAGCCUGCCUUUAUCGCAGGAAUUGGAGCAGCAUGUUGGAUCAUCCUCAUGGUCUUCAGCAUCUGGUUAUACCGGCACCGAAAGAAGAGGAACGGCCUCUCCAGCAGCUAUGCAGGCAUACGCAAAGUGCCGUCCUUCACAUUCACACCAACAGUGGCAUAUCAGAGGGGUGGGGAAGGCGUCAGCAGUGCUGGAAGGCCCGGUUUGCUAAACAUGGGCGACCCAGCCACUCAGCCCUGGCUGGCCGACACGUGGCCCAAUUCCUGCUCCAACCACAACGACUGCAGCAUCAACUGCUGCACGGCAGGCAACGGCAACAGCGACAGCAACCUGGCCACAUACAGCAGACCAGCCGACUGUAUCGCCAAUUAUAACAGCCAGAUGGAUAACAAGCAGACCAACCUCAUGGUGCCAGAGUCCGGCGUCUACGGAGAUGUAGACCUGUCCAACAAGAUCAACGAAAUGAAGACCUUCAACAGCCCGAACCUCAAAGAUGGCCGCUUUGUCGGUCCGGGGGGUCAGCCGACGCCUUACGCCACCACACAGCUCAUCCAGUCUGCCAUCAUGGGCAACAACAUGAACUCAGACAGAGGAACCGGAGGGAGCGGAGGCGGACUCGGGGGUGGAGGGGAAGUAAAUGAGAAACACUGCUGGAAGCCUCCGUCCAUCCAGCAGAAGCAGGAAAUGGGCUCCCAGCUUCAGUACAACAUCUUGGAGCAAAACAAGCUGAAUAAGGACCGGUACAGAGGAGGCGACAGUCCAAUGCCCGCCACCAUCCCCUACAACCAGACCCAUGACACUCACACCGGAGGUUCCUACAACAGCUCGGACCGAGGCAGCAGUAGCACCUCUGGGAGUCAGGGUCACAAGAAGGGAGUACGGACCCCCAAACUACCCAAACAAAGCACAAUGAAUUGGGCCGACCUCCUCCCGCCUCCCCCGGCAAACCCAGCCCCGAUGCGAAACACAGAGGAGUAUUCACUCUCUAUGGAGGAAAGCUGUGAUCCUGACAUGCAGUGCCCCAUGCCUCCAUCUCACAUGUACCUGCAGCCUGAUGAGCUGGAGGAGGAGGAGAUGGAGCGGGGUCCCACUCCUCCCGUACGUGGGGCGGCCUCCUCCCCUGCUGCCGUGUCCUACAGCCACCAGUCCACGGCCACGCUGACCCCCUCCCCCCAGGAGGAGAUGCAGCCCAUGCUCCAGGAUGCGCCGGACAGCCACGAACGAAGACGCCAUGGUGUAAGCCCUCCACCACCUCCGAGGCCCCUCUCCCCCUCGCACACAUACGGCUACAUCAGCAGUCCCCUGGCAUUGGACACUGACGGUCUGGACGACGAGGACAUACUGGAGGAAGAGGAGGAGGACGGGGAUGAAACAGACGCGGAAGUGGCCAAGAUGCAUUACCACCACACCCACCCCCACAUGCACUCUCAUCACCCCCAGAUGCACGCACGGAGGUUGCUACUGCGAGGCCUCGAACAAACGCCCGCGUCCAGCAUGGGCGACCUGGAGAGCUCGGUGACGGGCUCCAUGAUCAACGGAUGGGGGUCCGCCUCCGAGGAGGAUAAUGUCUCCUCGGGGAGGUCAAGCGCGGUCAGUUCAUCGGACGGCUCCUUCUUCACAGACGCGGACUUUGCUCAGGCGGUUGCCGCCGCAGCCGAGUAUUCAGGACUCAGGGUGGCAAAGUACCCCAAUCCCCAAGGCCAGGAAGUGGGAGGAGCUUCAGCACGAAAAUACCAAAUAAACCAGCCAGGCCACCGCCCUGGCAGCCCGGUGUCCACAGAUAGUAAUAUGAGUAUGGCAGCUAUUCACAGAAGGCCUCCGAAAAAGCAAAAACAGCAUCCUGCAGGACAUCCAGGCAGCCAGCGACGUGAGGCCUUUAACGAAGACCUCCCUCCUCCACCCAUUCCUCCUCCAGCGGUGCUCAAGUCUCCCACACAUCCCUCUAAGGCGGCUCUGGAGGGCCGAGGAGUGAUUUCCCCCAAAGCAGGCGAGAGCCGGGACAAGCGGGGAGGGGGCUACCGGCCUCAGGAGGGCUCGGACCCCAGAACCAGCUCAUCUGAACGGAAAGAUGCUCAGGACAGACAGAAGACUGCUCACGGAGGGAAGGGGAACAAACCCGAGAGCAGCACUGCCAACAAGGCCCGGCAGAACACAGAGGACGUUCUGCCGUACAGCCGACCACAGUUCCCAACGGUCAACAGCCCCAGAGACCCAAGCUCCUCCAGCUCCAUGUCCUCCAGGGGUUCAGGGGGCCGGCGGAGAGGGGAAGGAGCACGCAGGAACCCUGGAGACCUGGUGGUCAACAACUCUGUCGCCUUUCACCAAGCAGAGGAGGAGCUAGAGAUGCUAGAAAGCUGAAGACGUCCAGAUGAAAAAGGAGGAACUGUUCAGAUUUUUCCCAGAGGAGUGGAGCACCAUUUUUUUCUCUUACAAUUUUAAAUAUCUCAGUAUUUCACCAUCAUGUUGGCUGCCAUUAUAAUGUAUAUCAUAUGUGUUUCUUUACAUCGGGAAAAACAGACCAAUACUAUUUCCCCCCCCCUCUAACUUAUCAUUUCUUUGCCCGUUUUUUUUUUUUUUUUAAAUAAAGUGUGAAGGCUGAUUCAUUUUAAAAAAAAAAUAACAGUAACAAAACAACGGUAUAUUUAUGUUGAAUUCCAAUGCAAUAUGCAGUGAAAUUCUGCUUCAGACAUUGACAUGACUCAACCUGCCUUGACAAGAGCUUGGGAGUGCCCACCCAAUGAGAUGUUGCUGGAAGAAAAGCGGCCGCAAACAGGAAGGGGGGAUAAACUGUCUGUAAAUAUAUGUGUCAGUGUGAUGUCUUGUUUUGCCCAUCGUGGUACCUCGAAAUGGUCUUCCUCGUUUUGUUUAGGAGAUCUAAUGUCAUUACUUUGGUAAAUAAAAUUAUUUUAUCAUUUCCAUCCAUGUUUGUAAAUUGCUAUAUUGUUUACCUGCCUCUCCUGCCCCCCCAUAAAAAAAUAGAAAGUGCCACUUUGGGUUGUUAUGUUUGUUCGUCUUUUUGUAAUGCACUGUUACGUUCUGUGUUCUCAUCAAUGUUUUUUUUUUUGUUUUGUUUUGUUUUACUUUGGUUUUAAAAGCACAAUCACUAAACUUUAUUUUAAACCAUUCUGUCUAUUAACCUUUUUCGUCUUACUUUGAGGAAAAGAAGUGACAGAAAGAGUCUAGUUAAUCCUGAUGAUGAUGAUGUUGGUAAAGUUUGCUGUUUACGAAGGCUGUGCUUGAAACGAGACUCCGCCCCCUUUGCCCCCGCGCCAAGAUUGUCUCCCUCUCCAGUUCUGAUGCUAGCUCAAGUGAUAAAGACAGUUAAUGUGAGUCAUAGCUGCAAUGUAAAUAUCUUCUUUUCACAAUGACCAUAAGUUGCACAUGAAUCAAAAAACGGUUGUGUUGCCUACAAAUGCACUUAAAUGAAUGUCAAAUACAGGAAAACAUGUCACUUUGGGAACCUGGAGAGGCUUUGAUUGGGCAAAAAGAGUCUUUUCUUCAUACGAAGGGGCCGAUUCAAACCCUGUUUCAAGAAGACGGGGUGCUGUUUAUUCAUAGGACAUCUGCAAACAUUUGUUUCGUAAAGUAAAAAACAAAACUGAAUAAAAACUUCAAACUAAAA